UCUGCACUUCCUCAACUGAUACGCACCAGCCAGACAGAAGCAGUCGAUCGCAGAGGCCUCCCCACGGUCUCCCCCCUCUUUGUGUUUAUAUGUGUUUUUUAAUAUCUUUUUUGAGGGAAACUGUCAAGCCCUAUCCCAAAGAGCAGGGACCAAAGAGCAAAAAUAAUGUACGCUUUCGUGCGUUUCUUGGAGGACGACAUGUGCUACGCGUUACCUGUGUCAGACGUGAAAGAUUUCCAGCCUGUGCACAAAAGAGAUUUUGAUGAUCAGAAGGUGUAUGUGGUGCUGAGAGGCGCAGGCCAGCCUGCCAAAGCACACAUCCUCGCCCUGGCAGAAAGCAUUGAGGAAUUUGAGCACAGUAUUAUGCAAAAGAAGAUGAAAAUACCCAAGGUGUCGAACAGGAACACAGUGGAGAAUCAUUUUGGUGAGGAGAGAAUGCCCCUUAGACAUAAAAAGGUCCAGUCACAGGAACAGCAUCGGGCAAGUUCCAACUCCUCAAAAAGCCUGGCUGCAGUGGUGGCACGGCUGGAGAGGAACGCUGUCAACUCAUGCACAGAGGGAGAGGAGCUGGACAGACUCACAACAGAAGAAGAGGAAGAGCAGGACGAGGCCGUGGUGCCUCGUGUCCUAUAUGAGGAGCUGGUGCACAGCUACAGGCAGCAGGAAGAGGAAAUGAGACGCCUGCAGCAGGAACUGGAGCGCACACGCAGGCAGCUGCUCCAACAGGCCAAGAAGCUCAAGGAGUAUGGCAGUCUGCUGACCGAAGUCAAGGAGCUGCGUGAUUUCAAUCGACGCCUGCAGGACGUCCUGCUCGUGAGGCUUGGCAGCGAGCCGAUGCACGACAAUGGCACACAGACAAUCAAAGCAGAGGUGGUGGAGCCG